ACUUCCUCCGCCCCUGUUUCAAGGGAUAAGAAACCCUGCGCCUACGCGUCUCUCUUUCCCCGGCGGCUGCCGAACAUGGCGGAGAGUCAGCAGGUCCUGGUGCUUGAUGGCCGAGGCCAUCUCCUGGGCCGCCUGGCGGCCAUCGUGGCCAAGCAGGUCCUGCUGGGCCGGAAGGUGGUGGUGGUGCGCUGUGAGGGCAUCAACAUUUCUGGCAAUUUCUACAGAAACAAGUUGAAGUACCUGGCCUUCCUCCGCAAGCGGAUGAACACCAACCCCUCCCGAGGUCCCUACCACUUCCGGGCCCCCAGCCGCAUCUUUUGGCGGACCGUGCGAGGCAUGCUGCCCCACAAGACCAAGCGGGGCCAGGCCGCCUUGGACCGCCUCAAGGUGUUUGAUGGGAUCCCGCCCCCCUACGACAAGAAAAAGCGGAUGGUGGUUCCUGCUGCCCUCAAGGUCGUGCGCUUGAAGCCUACGCGGAAGUUUGCGUAUCUCGGGCGCCUGGCCCAUGAGGUUGGCUGGAAGUACCAGGCAGUCACGGCCACUUUGGAGGAGAAGAGGAAGGAGAAGGCCAAGAUCCAUUACCGGAAGAAAAAGCAGCUCAUGAGGCUACGGAAACAGGCCGAAAAGAACGUGGAGAAGAAAAUUGGCAGAUACACAGAGGUCCUCAAGACCCAUGGACUGCUGGUCUGAGCGCAAUAAAAUUGACACUUAUUCCUCAUGCCUGGCCUGGCCUGCCCUUCCUCCAUCGCCGCCCUAGGAUGUAGCGGGGACCCCCAGGGACUGCCUUCCAGGGUCCACAGGCAGCCUGGGCCUUGGAAGGCUAGGAGUUCGGCAGGGACCAUAGUCACUGCUGUUUAAGAAAGGCCCGUUGAAAAGUUCCAAUGGCAGGAGUAAUUUGUGACUUCGUUCACGAAAGCGUUAGGAAAUGACUUGGAACCGUUAGUUCAGCCUGAACAUUUGCAGGUCAGCUGAAAACACAAGGUUACACUUCCAGGAGGCCAGGUGCUGCGCGAUACGCUCCGCAGUCUGCAGCCGCUGGGAUGCGAGGGACGCUCGGGGGCGGCCGAGCCCGGUGGUGUGCCAAGGGCACUUACAGAUGUAUGUCCUGGGACAGCCAAGGAGUCGCAGGCCUUGCCCGUGUGCUUUUCCCUGUACCUUGUGAUCGGAAAUAAAUUAUUUUUACAGAAA